AUGGCAGCCUCCACUCUGUCUGUCUGCUCCAGUGACCUGAGCUAUGACUGUCCAGAGAGCUGCUGUGAGCCCCCCUGUUGUGCCCCCAGCUGCUGCGCCCCGGCCCCCCGCCUGACCCUCCUCUGCGCCCCAGUGAGCUGCGAGUCCAGCCCCUGCUUCCAGCCAGCCUGCAGCAGCUCCUGCCCGGCCUCAUGCUGCCAGCAGUCUAGCUGCCAGCCCUCCUGCUGCACCUCCUCCCCCUGCCAGCAGGCCUGCUGUGAGCCCGUCUGCUGCAGGCCCGUCUGCUGCAGGCCUGUCUGCUGCACACCCGUCUGCUCUGAGGGUUCCCCGUGCUCAGCCCCCUCGUCCUGCUGCAGACCCUCCUCCUCCCCCAGUUGCUGCCGCCCGGCCUCCUCUGUGUCCCUGCUCUGCCGGCCCGUGUGCCGCCCCGCCUGCUGUGUGCCCGCCUCCUCUUGCCAGCCCAGUUGCUGCUGCCCGGCCUCCUCUGUGUCCCUGCUCUGCCAGCCUGCAUGCUCCCGCCCGGCUUGCUAUGUCCCCGCCUUGGCCCUGGAGCCCUGCUGCUGA